AUGACUGACAAAGGAAAGAACAAUGACGAGAUAUCUUCCAGUAAUAAUUACCCACCAAAUAAAACCCGUCAAAAUAUCUUCGCCGGCAUAACAAUAUUCCUUCUCUUGAUAGUUAUCAUCGCCCUCAUCCUCUGGCUCGUAUACCGACCUCAAACCCCAAUCUUCACCGUCGUUAGUGUUUCCAUAUACGCUCUCAACGUCACUCUCCAACCUGUAUCCUCUGUUUCCGCUUCAGUACAGUUCACAAUCGUGACCAGAAACCCCAACCAACGCGUAUCCAUCUUCUACGAUCGUCUCUCCACAGUCGUAUCCUAUCAUAAUCGACCCAUCACACCGCCGGUGGAACUCCCGCCGUUGUUUCACGAGAAACGGAGCACGGUGAUUCUGUCGCCGGUGAUGGGUGGUACGAAAUUGAUGGGUUUUCCGGUGCCGGUGCCGGAGGAAGUGUCGAAUGGGUUGAGUGAGGAUUUGGAAGGAUUUGGAAUGGUGCAGAUUGGGGUGGUGGUGACGGGGAAGCUACGGUGGAAGGCGGGGUUCAUUCUGACGACGAGAAAAUCGGUUGUUGUUAGGUGUGAUGUGGCGGUCGGAUUCAAGAAAUGGUUUUCUGGACAAGUGCCGUUAUUGUCAUCUUCUAAUGUAUGCCACGUUUAUGUAUAA